UAUAAUGUGGGAUUUUCAUAUUGUAUAUCCUACGAAGAUAUCUUCAUCUUAAAUCUAAUAUUAUUUAUAUACUCUUUUGUGUACUAAAUAUACACGUGAUUGUUAAUUGUAAACAACACCAUCUCUCAUAAGACUUUAUUAGAUAAAAUUAUUUGUAAUUGUCAUGGUUUGAUAUAAAUAAACGGAAAGGAUAAUGAACUUCAUGUAGUAAACAAUUUUCGAUCAGUUAGGAAUGGACGAAAAAGAGAGCUUAAUUCAUCAAAAUGCAACCGGAAAAAUCUUAACACGAAUAUGGGUUCAACUUUUUAUUUUCAAAAUGCUCUCUGGAUUUCAAUCUGAAAUGUCAUCCGUGAACGAUGGACAGUAUAUUUAUCACUUUGUAAAACAACAUUUAUUAAAUGACACAUUUACCAAUGGCAGUACAGUAUCAACAGAAAAUAGGAGCAUAGAGAUUGAGAGUUGUCAGGUGGGAAACAAAUCAUCAAAUUCCUUAGAAUCUAAAGCCCAAAGUAAGGCUACAACGAUAAACCAGUAUUCCGAAAUGAUAAGUUCGGGAAUUUCCGUCAUGAUAAUGAUCGUAUUAGGACCAAUGACUGAUAGAAUUGGUAGAAAAUUCUUACUUGUAUGGAAUGUAUCAAUGCUGCUGAUAGGCAUGAGUAUCAGAACAUAUGUAGUUUACAACAGCAUGAAUGUGUAUCUGGUCUUAAUAUCGUCUGUAUUCAAUGGUCUCUCGGGGACACACUAUACAUACGACCUUGCUUCGUCAGGCAUAAUGGCUGACACUACUUCAAAGGAUAAACAAAGAUCAUUCGUGAUGAUUCUUUAUACAUGCGCAAAUGGCAUUGGUUUCUUUAUAGCACAGAUUAUAACGGGUUAUUCCAUUCAUUAUUUUGGAUACAUACCACAGUAUUUUAUUUGUGCUGGUAUUCUUUUGAUUCUUAAUACAUCUAUAAUUGUAUUUCUCAAGGAACAAAGGCCUAAACCAGCCAAACAUAACGUAAAGGUUUGUUCUGUUUCACUGAAAUCUCAAAUCUGGUCGAUGAUAACAGACGCAAACAUAGGAAACAGGAAACAUAUUUUCUCGUGGCUGUUUGUUUUUAUCCUACUAAAACUAUCAGGAACUGCAUACGCACCAAUUAGCAAUCUUUAUAAGUUAGGUUGGCCGUUUUGUUGGAGUUCAGAACGUAUAGGAUGGUAUGGAGCAGGUUUAUCAAUUGCUGAGUGCAUCUUUGCACCAUUGAUCAUAGCUAUAUUACAUCGGUGUACACCUGAUGAAAUAAUACUACAAGUCAGUAAUAUAUCAUCUAUAGUCUGUUAUAUGGCAUAUGGUCUUGCAAUGAAUAGCUGGAUGCUAUAUACAGGUAAAUAUAGGUUAAAUGAAUACCAUUGCGUGGUCUUAAGCUAUAUCUGUACUCCUUCACUAGGCCAGUUUUGAAAAAAAAACUCUUAAAACGUGGUCUUGUAGACUAAAUACACAGAACUCAAGACGUUUGGAUGUUUAAAAUUU